AUGCAGAAAUCAUUGUCGGCAGCCGAUGUCCCUCCUCAUUUCCUCAACGCCGCGUUCCUGGUAGGCCACACACCGCUCAAAGCACUAGAGUCAGACCCUCGCGUUUCAUACGCACUCUAUAUACCACCAGGUCACUACAACACAGACACAGUCCCGAAGAAGCUAUCGCUUCUGGUUUGGAUACACGGUACCCUCCGAAAACUGACAGCCUUCUAUGCCGAAGACAUGGUUUCAUUUGCCAAUUCAACACCUUGUGCUAUUCUCGCACCGUUAUUUCCCAGUGGCCUUGAUGGACCCGAUGACUUGAACUCCUACAAAAUACUUCGAUCGAAGUCACUCUCUUCGGACCUUGCAUUGUUGUCGAUCUUGGAGGAGAUCGCGGCUCGCUGGCCAGGGAUUCGAACGGACAAGGUUUUCAUGAUGGGGUUUUCAGGGGGUGGCCAAUUCACUCAACGGUUUCUGUAUAUACAUCCGGAGAGACUAUUAGCAGUCAGCAUCGGGGCGCCAGGGCGCACAUCCAUGUUGAAUCCAGAGCAGCCAUGGCCAGCCGGAGUGGCGAACGUGGAAACGUUGUUUUCCCGACCAAUCAGGAAAGAAAUUAUUCAACAAGUUCCUAUUCAGUUGGCUGUGGGAUCUGCAGAUGAUCAGGUCCAUGGGAGCGAGGACUUUUGGAACUGGCUGGAACAGCUCAAAAGGGGCAAAGGCGAGGAUCGACAGAAUGGAGAGCUGCAAGCGAUGAGACAGGGAAGGUUGCAAACUCUCCGGGAUCUGCAGAGAGCAUGGGAAAGAGAUUGUAUUUCAAGUCAUUUGACUGUUGUCGAUGGUGUGUCUCAUGAAGGUGACAAGAUGCGGCCGCAUAUGCUACAUUUUCUAGGGCCGUUCAUCCAAGCGGAACCCCGGAAACAGACAACAGACGCCUGCGAGAACUGA